AUGACGGAAUUAUUGAAUAGUUACGAUUCCGAUUUAGAGAAACUACUCUCUCAAAUUGCCUCCCAUAUCAAGUCAGUGCCAUCGGAAGGUUCUUCCAAAGUAGAGAAGGAUAUCCAUACCGCUAAAACUCUCAUCAAACAAAUGAAUAUCGAAAUUCAAAGUAUCACCAAUGCAAAACAAAAAGGAGAAUUCAAAACAAAAGUGAAUUAUUACAAGAAACAAGUUGAAAAAUUCGAACAAGAAUUGAAGAAAUCAAGUUUAUUACAAUCCACUUCAACAUCUUGUGGCGAAAAUGAUCAUUUUGGAUUUUCUUCGUCAUCAUCAUUGAACGAGGAUGAAUACAAACAACGAAUGCUUCACUCGACACAAGUUUUGACCCAUUCCAGCAAAACAUUGGAGAUGGCAAAUCAAGUGUUGAACGAAACAGAACAAAUAGCCCAAGAUUCUGCAGCGAUGCUUCGAAAACACUCAGAGCAAAUGAAACACAUUCAAGACAAAUUAUAUGAUGUAGAGUCAGAAGUGAAGGAAGGAAGAAAAACUGUGAAUCGAAUGUCAAGACCUGCAAUUGUAAAUUUAUUCAUGAAAUAA